AUGUGUCAAAGACUCAGAGGAGAGAGGAGGACACAGAGGAGAGAGGAGGACACAGAGGAGAGAGGAGGACACAGAGGAGAGAGGAAGCUACAGAGGAGAGAGGAGGACACAGAGGAGAGAGGAGGACACAGAGGAGAGAGGAGGACACAGAGGAGAGAGGAGGACACAGAGGAGAGAGGAAGCUACAGAGGAGAGAGGAAGACACAGAGGAGAGAGGAAGCUACAGAGGAGAGAGGAGGACACAGAGGAGAGAGGAGGACACAGAGGAGAGAGGAGGACACAGAGGAGAGAGGAGGACACAGAGGAGAGAGGAGGACACAGAGGAGAGAGGAAGCUACAGAGGAGAGAGGAAGACACAGAGGAGAGAGGAAGACACAGAGGAGAGAGGAAGCUACAGAGGAGAGAGGAGGACACAGAGGAGAGAGGAGGACACAGAGAAGAGAGGAGGACACAGAGGAGAGAGGAGGACACAGAGGAGAGAGGAGGACACAGAGGAGAGAGGAAGACACAGAGGAGAGAGGAGGACUCAGAGGAGAGAGGAGGACACAGAGGAGAGAGGAGGACACAGAGGAGAGAGGAAGACACAGAGGAGAGAGGAGGACACAGAGGAGAGAGGAAGCUACAGAGGAGAGAGGAGGACACAGAGGAGAGAGGAGGACACAGAGGAGAGAGGAAGACACAGAGGAGAGAGGAGGACACAGAGGAGAGAGGAGGGCACAGAGGAGAGAGGAGGACACAGAGGAGAGAGUAGGACACAGAGGAGAGAGGAAGCUACAGAGGAGAGAGGAGGACACAGAGGAGAGAGGAGGACACAGAGGAGAGAGGAGGACACAGAGGAGAGAGGAGGACACAGAGGAGAGAGGAAGCUACAGAGGAGAGAGGAGGACACAGAGGAGAGAGGAGGACAUAGAGGAGAGAGGAGGUCAAAGAGGAGAGAGGAGGACACAGAGGAGAGAGGAGGACACAGAGGAGAGAGGAAGACACAGAGGAGAGAGGAAGACACAGAGGAGAGAGGAAGCUACAGAGGAGAGAGGAGGACACAGAGGAGAGAGGAGGACACAGAGGAGAGAGGAGGACACAGAGGAGAGAGGAGGACACAGAGGAGAGAGGAGGACACAGAGGAGAGAGGAGGACACAGAGGAGAGAGGAGGACACAGAGGAGAGAGGAGGACACAGAGGAGAGAGGAGGACACAGAGGAGAGAGGAAGCUACAGAGGAGAGAGGAGGUCAAAGAGGAGAGUGGAGGACAAAGAGGAGAGAGGAGGACACAGAGGAGAGAGGAGGACACAGAGGAGAGAGGAAGACACAGAGGAGAGAGGAGAACACAGAGGAGAGAGGAGGCCACAGAGGAGAGAGGAGGCCACAGAGGAGAGAGAAGGACACAGAGGAGAGAGGAAGACACAGAGGAGAGAGGAGGACACAGAGGAGAGAGGAGGACACAGAGGAGAGAGGAAGCUACAGAGGAGAGAGGAAGACACAGAGGAGAGAGGAAGACACAGAGGAGAGAGGAAGCUACAGAGGAGAGAGGAGGACACAGAGGAGAGAGGAGGACACAGAGGAGAGAGGAGGGCACAGAGGAGAGAGGAAGCUACAGAGGAGAGAGGACGACACAGAGGAGAGAGGAGGACACAGAGGAGAGAGGAAGACACAGAGGAGAGAGGAGGACACAGAGGAGAGAGGAAGACACAGAGGAGAGAGGAGGACACAGAGGAGAGAGGAGGACACAGAGGAGAGAGGAGGACACAGAGGAGAGAGGAGGGAACAGAGGAGAGAGGAGGACACAGAGGAGAGAGGAAGACACAGAGGAGAGAGGAGGACACAGAGGAGAGAGGAGGACAAAGAGGAGAGAGGAAGACACAGAGGAGAGAGGAGGACACAGAGGAGAGAGGAGGACACAGAGGAGAGAGGAGGACACAGAGGAGAGAGGAAGCUACAGAGGAGAGAGGAGGACACAGAGGAGAGAGGAGGACACAGAGGAGAGAGGAAGACACAGAGGAGAGAGGAGGACACAGAGGAGAGAGGAAGACACAGAGGAGAGAGGAAGCUACAGAGGAGAGAGGAGGACACAGAGGAGAGAGGAGGACACAGAGGAGAGAGGAGGGAACAGAGGAGAGAGGAGGACACAGAGGAGAGAGGAAGACACAGAGGAGAGAGGAGGACACAGAGGAGAGAGGAGGACAAAGAGGAGAGAGGAAGACACAGAGGAGAGAGGAGGACACAGAGGAGAGAGGAAGACACAGAGGAGAGAGGAGGACACAGAGGAGAGAGGAAGCUACAGAGGAGAGAGGAGGACACAGAGGAGAGAGGAGGACACAGAGGAGAGAGGAGGACACAGAGGAGAGAGGAGGACACAGAGGAGAGAGGAGGGAACAGAGGAGAGAGGAGGACUCAGAGGAGAGAGGAGGACUCAGAGGAGAGAGGAAGACACAGAGGAGAGAGGAGGACACAGAGGAGAGAGGAGGACACAGAGGAGAGAGGAGGACACAGAGGAGAGAGGAAGACACAGAGGAGAGAGGAGGACACAGAGGAGAGAGGAGGACACAGAGGAGAGAGGAAGACACAGAGGAGAGAGGAGGACACAGAGGAGAGAGGAAGCUACAGAGGAGAGAGGAGGACACAGAGGAGAGAGGAAGCUACAGAGGAGAGAGGAGGACACAGAGGAGAGAGGAGGACACAGAGGAGAGAGGAGGACACAGAGGAGAGAGGAGGGAACAGAGGAGAGAGGAGGACUCAGAGGAGAGAGGAGGACACAGAGGAGAGAGGAAGACACAGAGGAGAGAGGAGGACACAGAGGAGAGAGGAGGACACAGAGGAGAGAGGAGGACACAGAGGAGAGAGGAAGACACAGAGGAGAGAGGAGGACACAGAGGAGAGAGGAGGACACAGAGGAGAGAGGAAGACACAGAGGAGAGAGGAGGACACAGAGGAGAGAGGAAGCUACAGAGGAGAGAGGAAGACACAGAGGAGAGAGGAAGACACAGAGGAGAGAGGAGGACACAGAGGAGAGAGGAAGACACAGAGGAGAGAGGAGGACACAGAGGAGAGAGGAGGACACAGAGGAGAGAGGAGGACACAGAGGAGAGAGGAGGACACAGAGGAGAGAGGAAGCUACAGAGGAGAGAGGAAGACACAGAGGAGAGAGGAGGACACAGAGGAGAGAGGAGGUCAAAGAGGAGAGUGGAGGACAAAGAGGAGAGAGGAGGACACAGAGGAGAGAGGAGGACACAGAGGAGAGAGGAGGACACAGAGGAGAGAGGAGGACACAGAGGAGAGAGGAGGACACAGAGGAGAGAGGAGGACACAGAGGAGAGAGGAGGACACAGAGGAGAGAGGAAGCUACAGAGGAGAGAGGAGGACACAGAGGAGAGAGGAGGACACAGAGGAGAGAGGAGGACACAGAGGAGAGAGGAAGACACAGAGGAGAGAGGAGGACAAAGAGGAGAGAGGAAGACACAGAGGAGAGAGGAGGACACAGAGGAGAGAGGAGGACACAGAGGAGAGAGGAAGACACUGAGGAGAGAGGAGGACACAGGAGAGAGGAAGACACAGAGGAGAGAGGAGGACACAGAGGAGAGAGGAGGACACAGAGGAGAGAGGAGGACACAGAGGAGAGAGGAGGACACAGAGGAGAGAGGAAGACACAGAGGAGAGAGGAGGACUCAGAGGAGAAAGGAGGACACAGAGGAGAGAGGAGGACACAGAGGAGAGAGGAGGACACAGAGGAGAGAGGAAGACACAGAGGAGAGAGGAGGACACAGAGGUUGA